AUUAUUUUUCUUCGCAAACCUCCAAGCCAAUCCGUUCCGGCGCAUUUACGAUCCAUCCAUGAUCAAUUACGCCAUUUUCUGAAUCCUUGCAGUUGAAUCUCCCCGAACAUAAAUUUCUCUCUCGACUUACUCGACGAUAACUUCGAGUACGAUCCUCACAAUGGCAGACAAAGACGCUUGUCCCGUCGAUCACAAAUCCCGCGAAGCAUGGCUCGCUCAGGCCCGUGAAGCCGAAGCCGCAAAAGCAAAAGCAGCUGGAUGUCCAGUCGACCACACAGCGCAAGCGCAGUCGAAAUCAUGGUCUCAAACAUUCUCGUCAUAUCUCCCAUGGUCCUCGAGCAAACCUGCACCGCCGCCUACGCAAAUACCUUCGAACGACGGUCUUGAUACUGAUCGCGUUGUAUCCACGAUUCCACGAACAUCUGGCGGACCUGCGGCGUGUCCGGUAGAUCAUGGAAAGGAGCCUGCAAAGCCUGCGAAUCACGAAAUGGAGACUGGUGUAGAUCCCUCCGGCAACUGGGUCUAUCCUUCAGAGAAGAUGUUUUUCGAUGCUAUGAAGCGAAAGGGUUACGAUGCGAGGGUAGCGGACAUGAAGACUGUUGUGCCGAUUCACAAUGCUGUUAAUGAAAGAGCUUGGAAGGAGAUCAAGGAGUGGGAAGCGCCGUAUCUCAAGGGCACCAAAUGUGAUGGACCUAAGCUCGAAUCUUUCGCCAACAAGAUGGAUCGCAUGACUCCCACCGCUCGCUUUAAUACUAUUCUCGGCUACACGGCGCCGUUCGAUCGACACGAUUGGGUUAUCGACCGAUGCGGUACGAGGGUUGACUACGUUAUUGACUUUUACGCCGGACGACCAGAUGGAAAGGGCGGACCGAGUUUCUAUCUUGAUGUGCGGCCGAAGCUGAAUACAUGGGAGGGCGUUAAGAUGCGAGCCAAGAGAUGGGCAUUCCUAGCAUAGCGAUGAAACUGCUGUACGAUAUCUGUAUGAUGUAUGAGCUAUUCACUAGAAGGCGUUCUGGAAAAUGUACAAUAUGGGUAAAAAGCAUAGAGGGUUGAAUGACUAGCAUAAAUCUCCAUUGAAUCCAUUUUCAUGUUCCAGGGUAUUAUUCCCUCUCGCCUCGACGCCAAUAACCUCCAGUCUAACUACUGAUCCUUCUUCCCCUCCAGCUGAGCGAGCAGACGAACAGGCGCACCUGUCUCAAAAGCCUGCGACUCAAUAUUCCAUCCCUUGGCGAGCAUCUCAUCCCAGAGCUCGCGCUUGUCGUACUUCUGUUCGUAGCCAUCAACGGUUUCCUUUACGCGGAAGAUCUUAUCCAGCUUGUCGGUGUAGCCCUGGCUCUUCUCCAGAAGCCAGGCCAUCUCCAUGGCCAUGAACCAGGCACUGAUGGCGUGGAUGGCACUGGCGUCCUGCCAGAGCAUGAUCUUGAUGGGUGUGUAGCUGCGCUUCGAGUGAUACCAGACAAAGAGUGAGUUCCGGGCACCGUCGAUAAUGACGACGUUGCUGUUGGGGGCUUUGGCGCCCAUGGCGUCCCAGUAGCUUUUGGCCAUUUCGAUGCGUGCGAUUUUCUGGCCAUGCUGGUUUCGGACGACGGGUCGCCAGAGGAGAAUAUUCUCACGAUGGGCGACUUCUUCGGGAGAGAGCACGUUUCCGGUCUUGAGAUACUCUUCGAACAGGAUGGUUGCACGCUGUUGGUUCAGGUUGUCCAUGCACACAGCCCGAACUCCAAGGUAAUUCAUCCACAGAUGGGCAAAGACGAGAACGGUCAUCAAGAAUAGAACGCUAUGGUGGUCUUCGACAUGUUUGACCACGAUAGUUCCAACAAGAAGACCGAUAAGACCUACAGCAGUCUCCUGGCUGGCCUCUUUGGCAUUGAGUUCAGAGAGGUUGUCGUGCUUUGCAAAGUGUACACUAAGAGCAGCUUUGCUCGCGCCAGCAGCCACGCCACACAACGCCCUCAACGUCUCUCCAGAAGUCAGUGCGAGGAUCUUUCCAUAAGGACCAAAGUACGGGCUGUACAGCUCCAGAAAGAAGGCAGUGUCGUUGAAAAGAUCGGCCAGGAAGCGGAAGCGCUUGGCGUCGGGUUCAAUACGAAGACCGAAUUGGUGGGCAAAUACAAUAGUGGCGAUGCGAGACAUGGCGUCCUUGAGGACUGUGAGCAGCAUCGCGAAGGUGGCGGACGAGUUGGCAUCUCCGACGCCGAGACCUUGGAGGAGAGCUCGGUUUGCAAGGAGGGAAGUGAUGGUUGAGAAGAAAGCUUGAAGGGAGUCGAAGAAUUGGUAGUUCAGGUAGUCGGAUGACACAGAGUGAGGGUAUCCGACUGGCAUGAAGGCCUCGCGAAGAGAGGGAAUGAGUGGGAUACUAGGCUUCGACUUGGC